GGAACCGAAGCAGUUGGGAAGGUUCAAGAGAGGGCACCAACCAAUUUCUUACAAUGUUUUAUUCAAAGGAAAACAACCAAGUGUCCAAGUUCGUCAGUCUAGCCUCUAGGGCGGCAAUCGACAAGCUAGAAUAUAAUAAUAGUUGCCAAUGGCGACGUUUCGAGCUGUGAAUUGGUGGAUUUGUAGGCAGCAGCACCUCUUGAGCCUCAACUGGGUUGUUUCUUAGCAGGCCCGUUGCAUAUUCAGAGGGACCUUUUUGCCGUUCGUGAGCUGCCACUGCCACUGCCAGCCAGCCUUUUUUGCCCACCACCAUCCCCCAAUCGCCAACCAAAACCCCACACAUUGCCCUCAAACCCAUCUUUCUUCCGUUUUUUCUAUAUAAAAAGAGAGUUCCUUUGCAUUUUGUCUUCCCUCACAUCCUCCGCCAACCAACCCGCCUGCCCUGUUCCGCCGCUACACCCUCGUCAACUUCACUGCUCGGUGAGACCUCUGUACCUAAUCUCACAUCUGUAAUUCUCUUCCGUUUCUCCAGACUUGUAGAUGUGUUCCCUUCUGUUCGAUGUUGGAUCUGUAGAACUGAGGGGUUUGGGAGUUUCGGUGGAUGGGUUUUUGUCUAUUAUCUUGUUUGCGCAUGGUGUCUGAUCUGUUAGGUCAAUGGUUUCGGGUUGGUGAAAAGGCUCGAUCUUUCUGGAUUUUGGGUUUGCCCAUUGAGUAAUUUGAUCAAACACGUGAGAUGCAUAGAGAGUGCCGUAGAACUGAUGAGAUCAGAGCUGGCCUGGAGGCCGAAGUCGCAUCUAGUGAUAGAUUUUCCCGUUGUGGCCUUGGAUUGAGUUAAGUUGCCAGGAGCUGGGGGGAUUAGCCUGAAGAAAUGCCAUUUCUGCUUCCAUUGUUCUCGAAAGAUGAAUCUGAGUGCUUUGUUUUCAUCGAAAUCUUGGGUCCUAGUAAUUAAAAAGGGAGGUGAUUGAUGUCUUAGCAAUGCCUAAUGGCUUCGUGUUUUUGUUCUACCAGAACUGGGAAUGAAUCUCAUUAGAGUCAGAAUCUUGGCUUGAUAUCAGGAUGCUUCAACUAUUACUGAAGAUAGUACAACUUGGUGUAAUUGGGAGAGAUGGAAAGGUUUUACCUUUUGAUUUUCUGCUUUGUAAAUCUCUGUGCUGGAGUAUCGAGUGAAGAGCAUGAGCCCCUUCGCUCGCAUCUUCUCAUAACGCUCCAAACAUUAACUGCCUUCUUAACUCUUAAUAGACAUUCAAGUCCAGUUCUUAUGUCUAUCACAGGAAAGCUUACAUAUGCAAAUGCAAUUAGAUUAGCGGUUUCAUGUUGCCAUACUGUUAGUCUGCUACCAACAUUUUGCCCAAUUCUCUAUUGAAUCUAGUAUCUGCAUGAGAAGUAAAUCAUUAGGUUUUCUGUGUUUCCCACCCACAGAUUUGGAGAUGGCCACAGCGACAGUUCCCUCCCAAACGGUCCUCGCACCCGGUGCCCAAAGGAGACUCACAAGCACCAUAUUCAAGAGCCCCAAUGCUCUCGGUUCGGUGAGGAACAUCUCCAAGUCCUUUGGGUUAAAAUGCAGCCCUAAUUUCAAAGCAUCCAUGGCUGUAUACAAGGUGAAGCUGAUUGGCCCCAAUGGCGAAGAGAGCGAGUUUGAAGCUGCCGACGACACCUACAUCCUCGACGCUGCAGAGGAGGCAGGAGUCGACCUGCCCUAUUCGUGCAGGGCGGGGGCUUGCUGCACUUGUGCAGGGAAGCUGGCAUCGGGCUCGGUUGACCAGUCGGAUGGCUCGUUCCUCGACGACAAUCAAAUGAAGGAAGGGUACAUCCUGACCUGUGUGUCUUACCCUACUUCUGACUGCGUGAUACACACUCACCAGGAAGAAUCUCUUCUGUGAGAAUUAAGUCUUUCAGGGGAUUGAAGUAGGUCUUGGACUUGGAGGUUUGUUUUUCUUUGCGUUGAGAAUAUGUAGCUUGUACUGGGUGAAAGGUGUUGCAGUUGUCAGGUGGAUUGUAAUGGUUUGUGUGUUGCAGCUUGUAAAGGCGCACAUAAUAAUUGUUUGUCAAGCCAACUGCACCUCGAGUCUUGGUCUUCAAUUUUCUCCAGUAGUAAAUCAAACUAUUAAGAAACAAUCAGAAAAGCUGGUGGCGGCCGGCUUCACUCUGCAUUUUCUUCUUUCCCUGCCAUCAACUUCACGACCAGGUCCUCUGCCGCCGCCUCGAGUCUAUGUUCAUUGUUCAGUCAGGAACUUCUCUAGGUCAUUCGGCCUGAAAUGCUCCUCUCAAAGCUUCAAGGUGGAGGCGGAGGCGGUCUACAAGGUGAAGCUGGUCGGGCCCGAUGGGGAGAAGAAGUUCGAGGCCGCCGGCAACUGCUACGUCCUCGACGCUAAACAAUCAUGCAAUUUGUAUAAAACUCACAAUUGCUC